UUGUUCUCUGACGCAGUUUCAUCGAUGUUGCCACACUUCUUUUAGCUAGUAAGCUAGCUACAUGUGUUUUGUUUGGGUCAACAUUUUCAGAUGUUAUAACAUUUAUUUGGUUAAAGCAACAAGUUUAGACAUAAAAAAUGAGCACACUGUGGAUGGGCAACUUGGAGCCGUAUAUGGACGAGAAAUUCAUAAAUCGAGCAUUUGGGACCAUGGGGGAACAAGUCGUCAGUGUACGGAUCAUACGCAACAAAAUGACAGGGGGCGCAUUGGGUUACUGCUUUGUUGAGCUCGCAGAUGAAGCCACAGCAGAGAGGUGUCUCCGUAAAAUCAAUGGCAAAGCGUUACCUGGGGCAACACCACCCAGAAGGUUCAAGUUAAACCGUGCUACCUUUGGGAAACAAGGAGAAAGCGGCCCAGUGUACUCUUUGUUUGUGGGAGAUCUCACACCAGAAGUUGAUGAUGGGAUGCUGUAUGAGUACUUCUACAAUCGCUAUCCCUCCUGUCGUGGGGGAAAGGUGGUGCUAGAUAGCAUGGGCAACUCAAAGGGCUGUGGCUUUGUUCAGUUCCCAGACCAGAGGCUUCAGAAGCGGGCGCUAGAGGAGUGUCAGAGUGCUGUAGGACUCGGGGGCAAACCGCUUAGACUGAGCCUAGCAGCUAACAAAACCAGGCAUAAUCAAUCAGAAAACAGAACAUGGGGGUCCAAUGGAGGAAACUACCGCCAAAACCAGCACCAGUACCCAAACCAGCAACAGCAUCAACCAUACUCUGGUUACUAUUCCAAUUGGGGCUAUGACCAGAAUGGAGGUGGCUAUGAAGGCUACAACUAUAACCAGUAUGAUUACUCACAGUACCCAGGACAGGAACAUGAAGCUCCUGAGGAUGAUGGUCUGGAAGAUCCUAACCCAGAACUGGAUGUGAUUGAAGCGAACAGGAGAUUCAUGGAACACAGUGAGGAAUUGUAUGAUGCGCUUAUUGAGUGCCACUGGCAGCCACUGGAGCAUACAACAGAACAGGUCUUAGAAACGACGACUAGCCUGCCAGAGCCUAUGUACUGCUGAGACAUGAGAGCCGUAAGGAAAUAUGACCAUCAGUACCAAUCUUUGUAGUUUCAUGCAUUGUACGAGGCAGGUAAAUUCCCCCAUGGACUUUUCAAAAAGAACUAUUUUUCCCCCCCAACUGCUUACACACAUUAUUUUAUGUUACAACUAUGUGGUAUGCUAAUUUCAUGGAUUUGUUCUUGUCAUGUGUCUUUAUAAACAACGAUGAGCUAAUGGCUCAUCCUGUACCAAAGAAUAAAUCCAUGUUUGUAUUUCUUAUGCUUUUGAACAAAUUAGUAAUUGGUUGGUGUUUGUGAUGAACAGACUUGUUUAAUUGCUAAACUAAAGUAUGUUAAAAGGUUACAUCAAGUAUAACAGAGAACAUGUUCCCCAAUGUUGAAGGCUAGUGUCUGUACCUCUCGAGAUUUUCAAUCAGCACCAAAGCACAUGAGAAUCACGAGACAGCCCAGUGACUGAAUAGAGGCAGGGGCUUUCAUAGCCAGAAGGGACCCUGUAAGAAUGAAUCCAAUGUAAUGAAUCUGAGGCAAUAUGACCAACACAAGGGUAUAAGUUUGCAUGAUUUUAACCAUGCACUGUACUGUUUACUAAGUCUAAAGUGAACGUGGGGAAUUGUAGUGGUGAGUAGUAUGUUUAUAAAAUAAAACUGCCCUUUUUAUCUGAA